AUGCUUCCGAACACCAUUUUCCGAUUGUACUGCAGAAUCAUCAACUUCGAGAUGACCACUCCACUGAGGAACGUCAAAGCCAACUAUUAUGGGAAGUUUGUAUCACUGAAGGGUACAGUCGUGAGGGUGGCUUGCACGAAACCUCAGUGCGUUCAGAUGGCUUACCAAUGUAACUUUUGCUCGCAUAUUUUUGCUGCCAAAUGGAAAAAUGGCAAAUAUGCUGUUCCUAACAAGUGUCCCAUGUCUGAAUGCAGAAGCAGAACAUUUGUGCCACUGAGAUGCCACCCACUGACUUGUACCGUGGACUAUCAAACCAUCAGGUUGCAGGAACAAAUGGAUGAUGAGAACAGAGAGCCGGGUAGGAUACCGAGAACAAUCGACUGUGAACUUGCUCAAGACUUAGUUGACACGUGUGUGCCUGGCGACAUAGUCACUCUAUGUGGAAUCAUCAAGGCCACUGAAUCAAAUGAAGAGGCAUCUUACAAGCAGCGUGAUAACUGUUUGUUCCUCAUGUAUCUUGAAGUCAACAGCAUCACUGGCACUAAUUCAUCAUCAUCUUUUUCAUCAUCAUCGUCAUUCAACAAUGCCAACAACUGCCUGACUGAUGAUUUGUCACAUAGCGACGCAAAUAUUACAAUGGAGUUCACACUUAAGGAACUCUACGCUAUCAAGGAGAUUCACUCUGACGAGAAUUUGUUCAAACUUAUUGUCGGAUCUCUAUGUCCCACCAUAUAUGGACACGAGAUGGUAAAGGCAGGAUUGAUAUUGGCUCUGUUUGGUGGAACGCCGAAUACUUUUGAGGAGAAGGAAGCCACACCUGUCAGGUCUGAUAUCCACAUCUUAAUGGUUGGCGACCCAGGCCUGGGUAAAAGCCAGAUGUUACAAGCAGUUUCCAACCUGUCACCUCGAAGUGUUUACGUCUGUGCCAACACAACUACAACAUCAGGCCUCACUGUGACACUGACAAAGGAGAGUGGGGGAGGGGGGGAUAACGUUCUGGAGGCGGGUGCGCUGGUGCUGGCUGAUCAGGGCUGCUGCUGCAUUGAUGAGUUUGAUAAGAUGAACAGCAACAACCAUUACGCCCUUCUUGAGGCCAUGGAGCAGCAGACAAUAAGCAUUGCCAAGGCUGGCAUUGUUUGCAGUUUGCCAACGCGCACCUCCAUAAUCGCCGCUGCCAAUCCAGUUGGCGGACAUUACAAUAAAGCUAAAACUGUUUCUGAAAAUUUGAGAAUGAACAGUGCAUUGCUGUCGAGAUUUGAUUUAGUUUUCAUUCUCCUUGACAGGCCUGAUGAGAUAAUGGACAGCAGGUUGUCUGAUCACGUGAUGUCAUUGCAUGGAGGUGCUGGCAGCGGUAGUAGGUUGGUCCUGUCUGGUAUGAUCAGCAAACAUGGACGUUCUGGCGACGAAAUGGAUCGGACACAAUCAUUGGAGGAGCGACUGAAGUUAGGAUUGGAGGAAUCCAUUGAUCCCAUUCCUCCACUCCUUCUUCGAAAAUACAUAGGAUACUCCAAGAUCUACGUUCAACCAACUCUAUCACAGGGAGCCGUUAAGAUUCUUCAGGAGUUUUACAUGGACCUGAGGAGGAGACACCACAGCGCCGAUUCCACUCCCAUCACGACGCGACAAAUCGAAUCGCUCAUCAGACUCACGGAGGCAAGGGCUCGAGUCGAAUUGAGGCUGGAGGCGACGGAGCAAGACGCCAUUGACGUCGUCGAAAUUAUGAAGUACAGUAUGAUCGAUACGUACUCUGAUGAAUUUGGCAUGUUGGAUUUUCAACGUUCACAACAUGGCUCUGGCACUAGUUCUAAAUCUCAAGCCAAGAAGUUCAUAACAUUACUUCAAAAUGUGUCCAAAGUACGUGGGAACGAGUGCCUCUUCGACGUGCGUGAGAUGAAGGACCUUAUGAAGGAUUUUGAGACCUUCAUCACAUCUCUCAACGACCAAGGUUUCCUUCUGAAAAAAGGCCCAAAACUCUACCAACUUCAAACCACCGAUUUUUAA